AUGCUCAGACUCCGACAGCUUUUUCGAUCUCAGUCCCGGUCACCGCUCUCACAUCUCGGUCCUCGCCAACCCCCUCACCAACCUGCGGCGAUUCGGCAUGUGAGGUUCCGGCGGCCUUGGUUCAGGUCAUUUCUGGGCAAGGCGAUCUUAUACGGCACCGCAUUUCAUCUUUGGAGUUCUUUUGUACUCGUUCGCUUCGACGAUGACGAUACCCAGACAGAUAAGGCAGCCUCGAAACAGAGACUUGAUACGAGGACUCUCCAGACUGCUGCUGCGACGAGGAACGACGCCUUGGCCGAUGAGGAAUCUGGAGAGGACGACAGCGUCUUCAUUCCGCUGACGUGGUCGUGGAUGGAAGAAGGCGAUUAUUACCGCGCUUCAGACCCCGAGUGGCAAGAAUUUGUCAAGAUCUCCAAGGACAAAAAGAAAUUACAGGAACUACGAGAGGAACUUGCGGCGCUGGUGCUGAAGACUGCCAGUGACUUGAUGGCCCCGGCUUUAGGGUCUCCUCUGACACUGACUGGGUACUGGCUGGUCCAUACAUUCCCGUCGCGCGCUCCUCCUCAAUAUGUGCGAGCCGGGAUCGAACUUGAUGAUGAAGGUAUCUCCUUGGUGACGAAACCCUUGGAUCAAGAUAUCGGCGACCGGAUACACAGCGCCAUGAACCCGAUACACGUUGCUCUUGCGAUCAAGGAUGCAUAUUAUCUUGUGGUCCGACGAAAAAUAGCCCGGCUACUCAGCUCCGAGUCGCAACCUGACAACGGCGAUUUGAGGGGGAAAUUCAUUCUCUCGCACGGAGAGCCCAAUACGAUCAGCACCCGCGAACAAUCAUCAACGGACCCUUCCAUGUCAGAACAACCUUCGCAGAAUAUUUUGCCCAACACAGAGCCUGAGCUGCAUCCGUCGUCCAUCAUCUCGUCAUUACAGCGCCUUCCACUUCCCGACCUCGGUCCCGGGUCUGACCUGCAACUGGCAUCCAUGGCAUUCAGGCUCCGACUGGAUGAAUACAAGAGAGAACAGGGCUCGCGUACACCACGGAGAGGCACGUUCUUCAUCUCAGGCCCCGUCGGAGUCAAGGGCCCUGACGGAUAUUGUCGAUUUGAAGUCCGCGGUGAAUACGAUCCCGCGACUUCUGCUUGGCGGACGGUACAGAUGGAUUUAAUGGAUGCCAAUCCGCGAAAGCAGAAGCCCGCCCGAAGCUUUUGA